AUGAGCGAGGUAAUUGUACCAAGAAGUUUUCGAUUACUCGAUGAAUUGGAAAGAGGGCAAAAAGGAAAUGUAAGUGAAGGUGUAUCAUUUGGGUUAGAAAGUGCAGAUGACAUUACACUGUCAAAUUGGUCAUGCACAAUAUUUGGUCAGCCUGGAACCGUUUUUGAAAAUAGAAUUUAUUCUUUAACCGUUUUUUGCGAUGAUAAUUAUCCGGAUGCACCUCCAUCAGUUAAGUUUGACACAAAAAUUGAAAUGUCAUGUGUGAACAGUAGCGGAAUGGUUGUUAAGAAUAAUUUACAUAUUUUAAAAAAUUGGAACAGAAAUUAUACCAUUGAGACUAUUUUAAUCGCAUUACGACAAGAAAUGCUGUCGAGUGUCAACAAGCGACUACCACAACCAAAUGAAGGAGAAAUGUAUUAA